AUGGAAGAGAAUAUCACUGUGGUUCUCAAGAUUGACAUGCAUUGUAGUUGUGAGGGUUGUGCUGACAGAAUUAUGGAAUGCAUUCGAAAUUUGAAUGGUGUUCAGUCAGUGAAGAUAGAAGACGGUGACGGCAUCAAAUUUACAGUGGUCAGCAAAGUAGAUCCUGAGAAGCUCCGGGAGAAAGUUGAGAAGAGAUUGAAGAAGAAGGUCUCACUCAUUUCUGUAAAACCAAACCAAAUCGAAAAUAAGGACAAAGAAAAGAAAGAUAAGAAAUCUACAGAGCCUAAGACAAUAUCGGUGAAGGUGAAACUGAACUGCGAUAGAUGUAUUCAAGCUAUUGUCAAAAUUGCCACAAAAACCAAAGGAUUUCAAGAGAUCUCCUUAGACAACCAAAAUGACCUAGUAAUGGUAAGAGGGACUAUGGACGUGAAAGCUCUGGUGGAAGCAUUGACAAGGAAGCUCAAAACAUCGGUCGAGAUUGCUGCACCGACGAACGAAUGCUGCCGCCAGGAGAGAGGGAGUGUUAAUGUCAUUGGCGUUGGUGAUAGCGGCGGCGGUGGUGGUGGGUGUGUGGAGGGAAAUGGCUGGAUUGGAUAUGGACCAAAUGUGUGCUCAAACAGACAUCCUUAUGGGCCAUAUUUUGAUCACUCCAUCAAUGAAAUGUUUGGGCAGUGUUCUGUUAUUUAAGUGCAUGUUUUGUUUAGAAAGCAUAAUGUAAAUAACAGUGCAAACUUGUAGAUUUUAAUUCCUUGGUAUAUAUCCAUGAUGUACUCAAACAUAAAUUCAAAAUAACAUGUCUCGCAUACAGUGAGACAAAAUUAC